AUUUUAAAUCCGUUGAAUAUCAACAUUGGAAUUUGCACUUUCAAAUUUUAUUUUUUAAGGUUUUUAAUUUUUACCAAGUUUUUAUUGUAGAUACUGAGGAAAUAUCGGACGAUUUAAGUUUUUGGGUAUAAUUGAAGCUAAUAUAGCUUCUGCGUGACGUUCCAAUGGAGCUUAAAAAUACUUCUUUAGAACCAUCACUAGAAAAACAAUUGAAAGGUCAUCGCAACAGCAUUACAGCACUUUUCUAUAAUCCAAAUGAACUGCAAUUAGCUAGCAGCUCGUUAGACAACAGUGUCUUGUUAUGGGACUUGCGAGGCAAUAUGCGAAGCUAUAGGUUUCAGGGUCACAGUGAAGCAGUAACGGACGUGACGUUCUCGCCAUCAGGAAAGUACAUGGCUUCAGCGUCUCGUGACAAAACUAUAAGACUGUGGGUACCAACUGUCACAGGAAGUACCGGCGUAUUUAAAGCUCAUUCACAAACAGUCAGAUCCGUCCAGUUCAGUCCUGAUGGGACUAAGAUUCUUACUGCCUCAGAUGACAAAAUAAUAAAAUUAUGGUCUAGCAACAAACAUAAGUUCAUAGCUUCAUAUGUGGGUCACACUAAUUGGGUGCGAAGGGCAAAUAUGUCUCCAGAUGGGACACUAAUAGCUUCAUGUUCCGAUGACAAAACUACAAGGAUAUGGAACCCGGAGACUGGGGACUGCAUACAUACCUUCAAGGAUCAAAAAGGAUAUGGCCACUAUUUGUCUUGGCAUCCUUCCAGCUGCUAUGUCGCAGUUGGUACUUCACAUGGGAAUGUUAAGUUGUAUGAUGUCAGGACACACAAUCUAGUCCAAUAUUACAGUAUUCAUGAUGAUGCUGUUACGCAACUAACAUUCCACCCCAGUGGAAGUUAUAUUCUAACUGCUAGUAAAGAUGGUAAAAUGAGGAUACUAGAUUUGCUGGAAGGUCAUCCCAUAUUCACACUGAUUGGCCAUGAAGGGUCAAUUAACAGUGUCAGCUUUUCCCCAAGUGGUAGUGGGUUUGCAUCUGCUGGUGAUGAUAAACUGGGUGUGAAGGCUUGGUAUCAAUGUUAUCACAGCUCAAAAUAUCCUACAGUUACAUUUGAUUAUGUCAACGAGCCACUCAGUCCAAGUGUGGGAUUGUCCAAUGUAGAAUUACAAAAUAAUAGUACUAGAAAUCAAAACAAUUUUAUAAGAUCAUCAACACCGAUCAAUACUACCAAAACUCUAGAGAGGGACCCUCACAUUAUCGACGAUAUUUCUACAAAUGAUGUGGGUGAUAUGAGUCACAUUCCACGUGUGCCACCGAGCCCGAUGCAGCUUACCUCUCCAUCCCUAAUGCACAAAACUAUUGACAAUGAUGAGAAAGAACUAUUUGGGAUGAUCAAACUCGGUGAUAGUGAUGUAUGCUAUACGAGCGGCACAAUUCAAUGGGUGGGAAGAAAAAGAUGUUUUCCAUUGAACAGUGGUUUCAAAAUACUCGCUCAAAAUCAAAUAAAUGAACCUGACAUUAAAAAGAAAAAAAACAGUUUGAAGAAUAAUAUGGAAUGUGAGUGUGCAGAUGUUUUACCAACGGUUAGCGCUAUUGUUGAUCAUUUGAAUGCCCUUCACGAAGCUGUAGAUUUAGUUGACUUGAGACUAAACACUAUUGAACAAGCCAUUGAUAAAAACUAACUUGUAUAAAGGAUGUUGUGAUUAUUUUAAAAGCAGAAGAUUGAUUGAAUAUUUUAUUUAUAAAAGUGUAACAUCUUCAAUAAUGUUAUAGAUGGUAACAUUGAUUAAAAUACUGUACAAUUUA